GCCAGCCGCGCAGCAUGCACUGGGGGGUUGGCUUUGCCUCGUCCAGGCCGUGUGUGGUGGAUCUGAGCUGGAACCAGAGCGUCUCCUUCUUCGGCUGGUGGGCCGGGUCCGAGGAGCCCUUCUCCUUUUAUGGGGACAUCAUCGCUUUCCCUUUGCAGGAUUACGGUGGGAUCAUGGCAGGGCUGGGCUCCGAUCCCUGGUGGAAGAAAACCCUAUACUUGACUGGGGGAGCUUUGCUGGCCGCAGCUGCGUAUCUGCUCCACGAACUCCUGGUCAUUAGGAAACAGCAAGAGAUUGACUCCAAAGAUGCUAUUAUUUUACAUCAGUUUGCAAGACCUAACAAUGGUGUCCCCAGUUUAUCUCCUUUCUGUUUGAAAAUGGAAACUUAUUUAAGGAUGGCUGACUUACCCUAUCAGAACUAUUUUGGUGGAAAACUGUCUGCUCAAGGGAAAAUGCCUUGGAUUGAAUAUAAUAAUGAAAAAGUUUCUGGCACAGAGUUCAUAAUUGAUUUUUUGGAAGAGAAACUUGGAGUGAAUUUAAACAAAAACCUUGGCCCUCAUGAAAGAGCUGUCUCCAGAGCAGUGACCAAAAUGGUGGAGGAACACUUCUACUGGACGUUAGCUUAUUGCCAGUGGGUGGACAAUCUCAAUGAGACCCGGAAGAUGCUCUCUCUUAGUGGUGGUGGUCCCUUCAGUAACCUGCUGAGGUGGGUCGUGUGCCACAUAACGAAAGGAAUUGUGAAACGCGAGAUGCACGGCCAUGGCAUUGGCCGCUUCUCCGAGGAAGAGAUUUACAGGCUGAUGGAGAAGGACAUGCGGUCAUUAGCAGGGCUUUUGGGUGAUAAGAAGUACAUCAUGGGACCCAAGCUUUCUACUCUCGACGCCACUGUUUUUGGGCACUUGGCACAGGCAAUGUGGACCUUACCAGGGACGAGACCUGAGCGGCUGAUCAAAGGUGAGCUGAUCAACCUUGCCAUGUACUGCGAGAGGAUAAGAAGGAAAUUUUGGCCAGAGUGGCAUCACGAUGAUGAUAACACCAUUUAUGAAUCUGAGGAGAGCAGUGAAGGCAGUAAAACCCACACACCCCUGCUGGAUUUCAGCUUUUACUCAAGGACAGAGACCUUUGAAGAUGAAGGAGCAGAGAACAGUUUUUCCCGAACCCCAGACACAGAUUUCACUGGACACUCUCUUUUUGAUUCGGAUGUGGAUAUGGAUGAUUACACAGACCAUGAACAGUGCAAGUGACAUCUAGCCUUGCUGAUGGAGCCACCACUCCCUGGGGUGGUCCAGUUUUCUCAGAUAGACACCCAUUCGAGCUGGAAAGAGAUCUCUGUGCUUGGCACCGUUUUCACAUGCUAACUGGACGAUAGCUAUCUCCUUUCUUCUUUUUUUUUAUAAGAACAAACAAAACCAUUCAGAUGGCUUCAUUUAAAAUGAACGACAAAAAAAAAAAAAAAAAAAGCAUGGUUCUUGAAAUCUAUUUCUGUUUUCAUUAGAAAACCAGAUUUGUGUGGUAGGGCAGAUAAAAGAGUGGGUUGCCAACAGAUAGUGUUGAUGUUGAUCCUCUUCCAGUUGAGGGCUAGCUGCAAACUGGAUCCUUGAACAUCUUCUAUCUUCCAGUCUCUGAAAUAAUGGGAGAUACCAUCAGAAAAAAUGUGGGAGAUAAAUGUUCUAGGUGGCUGCUUGUACUUUAUGUGUGUAUAUUGUAUGUUGAGACAUAAGUCAAAUAAAAUUCACAGAUAUUUAA